AUGGCAAACAUAUUGGACCUCUCCAAUGAACUCAUACUACAGAUUAUCUCUUAUAUCAGACCACGGCCGCCCGUACUACCUUGUGGGCUUCCCACACACGUCUGGCCGAAGGUAUUGAAGAGCCACAACCAAAAGUCUUUCAAGCAAGCACAGCAGCUUUAUUGUAUCGUUUUGUCAUGUCGCCGCUUCCAUGACCUUGCAACGGGAAUCCUGUACAGCUAUAUUCCCCUGAUGGAUUCAACCGUUCGAAGCCAAAAGCUGCUACAGACCCUGGAAUGGGGAACCGCAAUUUGCGAUUACAUACAGCAUGUUUCCAUCAAUGUACGCGGGAUCAGCUCCGCAGAGGUAUUCCACCAGUUGUUUUUCUGGUUACCUAAAGUUCACACCAUAGAUCUCAAGAAUUAUGAUGCUUGGGAUACGGAGCCAUGGGAUGAAAACAACCAAUACGAUGUUCAGGGGUCUCCCGUCAAAGUCCUUCGGCUGGUGGAAUGCGGCGCGCACGAGGAUCCAUUGCACGAAAUACUCAGUUUCCCCAGUGCUCUGAGAGAGCUGUGGUAUGACGUCGUCCAAAUUGAAUGGUCUGGUCACUGGGGGGAUACGGCACCUGUAGACUUCUCAUGUGCAGCUAUCAAGCGCUCGUUAGGCCACCAGAUACACUCUCUCGAGAAGUUAGUCUUCACUCGGCCACGGCAAGACCAUGAAGGACUUGGCUACAAUGAUCAGCUUGACAUUUCAGAUCUUACGGCCUUACGGAGCUUGUGCAUCAAUCAAGUCUUCCUAGUCGGUUACCAUUCCGACCUCAACAUCAGAGAACAUAUGCCUAGCUCCCUGGAAGAAUUGGAUGUCUUCUUCGAUGACGCAGGUUAUCUGAGUUUCCUGAGUCAUGAUGCACCAGCGCCGGUGUGGCUAUUCGGACUGCUGAAUCAGCCGAGAGACGAAAAGAAUAGCAACAGACCGUCUUUUACCCCAGAACUAAAGAGAAUGCGUAUCGUCUCACAGGAAUGGUGGCCUGAGUACAGUGAGGAAAGCGAAGGCGAGAGCAUGAGUGAAGGUCAUGAUGUGGGUAACGACGACAUGAGUCUCGACGAGUCUCGGUUGCGCACCAAUGCCGAUUAUCCCUGGAAACCUCCGAGAGUCCUGCUAAGAGCGUUGUCUCAGUCCAACUUGGCAAAACUGAGUUGGAGCAUCUACCUGCAUGGCAGCCGCAGAUGUUCUUACGUGCCAGAGGGUGGUAGUGGUUUCACAACCGAGUGGGAAGAGUCCUGGGACCCAGAGGAAAGAAUAAUUGCUUAG